UAUUUCGCUCAGCUCAUUCAUGAUCCAAGUCAUAAACCUGAUGGAACGUCCCCGGAUCUUUCUUUUCAUUUUACGAUUACUGCAAACUCACCAAACAAGUAAUGUAGGACUAUUAGAAUUGUUUUCAAGAAGCAUUGUAAGUUGUGAAAUUUCAUCGAAGUCAACAAGUGAAACGAAUUAUGGAUUUCAAAGCAUACUGGCUUCUCACAAAGUUCAUCGCUCCGCUAGCCUUGACUAUUGUUGCAGUUGACCUCUCGGACCAGGUUUUGAAUCGAGGAUUAUCGUCAGCGAAGAAUGCCACCGAGAUGCUUGCCAUAUUUGGUAUAGCGUAUACACUCACACAAUUUGCCUCAGGACCUUUUCAAGAAUUCAAAAACGUUUCCUUGGUGCUGGUGCACAACAAGAAGGAAGCAAGGAUUGGGUUGAUAACGCUGUUCCUACUCUCUGCAAUUGUCAUCACACUCGCGUUAUUAAUUGCGUAUACCGACUUUGGGUAUUUUAUAACUCAUACGCUAUUCCGCUUAGAUGAGGAUGUGGGCCAAGCUACAAGAAAGGCUGUACUGAUGCUGAGUUUCAUCCCACUUUUUCAUGGAAUGUCCUGGUAUGUAGCAGGUUACCUUUUGCAGCUAAAACACACCACCCUUGUUGGGUCCGCAUCUGUGAUGGAUGUUGCUGUUCAGAUAGGCACUGUGUUUGGGUUACUAAAAAUGGAUAUAGCAAACACAAGACCAGUGUUAGUUCCAGUCAUUGCUGUCUACACUGGCAUCUUGACUCGGUUCAGUAUACUUUUCAUUGGAUUCCUCAUUCACAGAACAGUGAGAAGGACGAACGAAACCCAAACAAACGAAAGCAGUUUGAGUAUUCUACGAGUGCUCAUGUUCUGGUGGCCACUUGCAAUUGUCCAAGCUGUCCAGAAAAUCAGCCGACCGAUGAUCAACCUGUUUGUAGCCAGAGACCUCGGAGGCUCAGAUGAAGCUGUUCAGGCCAUAGCCGUACUAACCCUAGUGUACCCAACAGGUAGAAUUCCAUAUGGUUGGUUAAAUGAGCUGAAAUCUCUUCAGCCAGCCUUUUUGAAGAACAAUCAGGGCACUCUUGUACACAGAAGACAUAUAAGGAAUUUUGAUAUAUGCUGUCUCUCAAUUGUAUUAAUGAUUAGCUUCAGCUUAUUUUGGAUUCCAGGAAUUGUCACAAGUUUCUACACUAACAGUUUAGAUUUAUCGAUGGAGGUUGCACUUAUGUGUGUUGUACCAUUGAAAAUCUUCUCUGUUUUUCCAUUAUUCACUGGGUGGCGUUCCCACAACACGUCUUGGUUGCUCAUGAUGAAGAAAACUGCUGCCCUGUUCCCCAGUGCUGUUAUAAGAAUGGUUUUCCUAAUCAUUGUUUUGAUUGUCUUUCCAAAGAUGGGACUCCAUGGUGCUCCAUUAGGCGUUGCAGCACUACUUGCUGGAUUUGUUGUAGAAACUAUAUCGGUUCAAAUAGCAUCAUUUAUCACAGAAUACAGAAUGAAAAGAAACCAGCCAGCUAUGGUAACAUGUGAACCAACUGAAAAUGCAGAGUCUAGUAAUGAUGGAGAACUGAAGACAUCACCUCUUUUAAAUGGGGACACAGUUUACCGAGAAGAUGACGUACAAAUUGAGGAAGGAGAAGGUGAUGAAUUAAUUGAAAUGGAUUCAAACUUAUAGCAUAUUAUAUCACCUCUGUUGUAGUGAUAUUGCAAUAUUUGGCUUCCAAAAUAAUGAUAAAGUAUUUUGUAUAUACACAUAUUGUUUUAUAAAGUGUUUCACAAUAUAUUGUAAUUGUUUGUAAAACCUUUGAAUAUAUUUUAUACUUGCAAUCAGAAAAUCUG